GAUCCCUUCCUUGGGCUUCAUGUAACUCUCCACAGGCCUCCGAGGCGUGGCUUCAGAGAAGUGAGAGAAUGUGAGAGUGAAACAAGGAGGAGUUAGCCAUUCAGUGGACUGACUAGAGGGCAAUGUGAAGGUAAGGAUGGCUCUGGUUUACCUCUGCCUCCUGCUGUUGCUGCUUCCCUCGGGGACUUGCUCAGGUUGCCAACAUCCGCUCUGCCAGUGCUCAGACAGGAUGGCCUUCUUCUGCCAGGAGAACAAGGUGACCUCCGUGCCAAAGGAUAUCCCCAGGAAUUCCACCGAACUGAUAUUUUUCCUCACCAAAAUAAGAAACAUCCCCAGAGGAGCCUUCUCAGGAUUUGACGAAGUCGAAAAAAUAGAAAUCUCUCAGAAUGAUGCCUUGGAAACUAUAGAAUCAGACUCAUUUUCUGACCUUCCCAGACUCUAUGAAAUAAGAAUUGAGAAAGCCAACAAUCUUGUGUAUAUUGAUAGAUAUGCCUUCCAGAAUCUUCCUGGUCUUAGAUACCUGCUGAUAUCCAACACUGCCAUCAGGUUUUUGCCUGCGGUUAACCAGGUACACUCUUUACAGAAGGUUGUGCUAGAUAUCCAAGACAACAUAAAUAUACGGAAAAUUGAAAGAAAUUCUUUCCUGGGCCUAACUUCUGAUCGCGUUGACAUAAGGCUGAAUAAAAAUGGAAUUCGAGAUAUUGAAAAUCAUGCCUUCAAUGGAACCAUCUUGUCUGAACUAAAUCUGAGUGGUAAUUACCACCUCGAUAAGCUACCGAAUGAAGUUUUCCAAGGAGCCAAUGGACCUAGUUUUUUGGAUAUUUCGGAGACAAGGAUCAGUCAGCUCCCUGCCAUUGGACUAGAGAGCAUUAGCAAACUUAGAGCAAGAUCUGCUUACAGUUUGAAAAAGCUUCCUCCCUUGGACAAGUUUCGUGCUUUGAUUGAGGCCAACCUCACCUAUCCAAGCCAUUGCUGUGCCUUUGCAAACUGGACCAAACAAAAUUCAAUGUUGCACCCCCUAUGCAACAAAUCCUCCACCAAACAAGAUCCUGAGGGGCUCUAUUUUGAGUUGGAUGAAGAUGAUUACUACCAAUCUCUGUGUAAAGAAGAGGUUCAAGUGACUUGCUUCCCUGAGCCUGAUGCAUUCAACCCAUGCGAAGACAUCAUGGGCUACAAUGUUCUCCGAAUCCUCAUAUGGUUCAUCAACAUCCUGGCGAUCAUGGGGAACCUCGUUGUUUUCAUCAUCUUAGUCAGCAGCCAGUAUAAGCUCACAGUCCCUCGAUUCCUAAUGUGCAAUCUUGCCUUUGCCGACCUCUGCACGGGCAUCUAUUUAUUGCUCAUCGCGAUCAAAGAUGUGCAGACCCGAAGUCAGUAUUACAACUAUGCCAUAGACUGGCAAACAGGGGCUGGUUGCAAUACAGCUGGCUUCUUUACCGUCUUUGCCAGUGAACUAUCUAUAUACACUCUGACUGUCAUCACAUUGGAGCGUUGGCACACCAUCACCUAUGCCAUGGAACUGGACCGUAAAGUCCGCUUCCGGCAUGCAGUGGUCAUUAUGCUUGUGGGAUGGGUCUUUGCCUUCACCAUAGCCCUGCUUCCCAUAUUUGAAGUCAGCAGCUACAUGAAAGUGAGUAUAUGCCUGCCCAUGGAUAUUGAAACUCCCCUUGCUCAGGCAUAUAUCAUGUUUCUGUUGGUAUUAAACAUCUUGGCUUUCAUCGUCAUCUGCACCUGCUACAUCAGCAUCUACUUCACGGUGAGGAACCCUAAUGUCUUCUCAUCCAACAAUGACACCAAGAUUGCCAAACGUAUGGCUAUCCUGAUCUUCACAGACUUCCUCUGCAUGGCGCCCAUCUCUUUUUUUGCCAUAUCGGCAUCCCUAAAGGUCCCUCUCAUCACAGUCUCCAACUCAAAGAUCCUCCUUGUUUUGUUCUACCCCAUCAACUCCUGUGCCAACCCAUUCCUCUAUGCUAUCUUCACCAAGACAUUCCGCAGGGAUUUUUUCAUUUUGCUGAGCAAGUUUGGCUGCUGUGAAAUGCAUGCUCAGAUCUACAGAACAGAAACUUCCUCCUCUGUUCCAACUACACAUAUGAGAAAUGGACAUUAUACACCUGCUCCUAAAACCAGUGAUGGGACCAUUUAUUCAUUAGUGCCUCUGAACCAUGCGAACUGAAGCAGAAUCUCCAUAGAUUUAUAACAAGGAGUUGCUUCCCUUAAGAGCCACAGGUAAUGAUGAUAGAAAUCCCUUCACAAUUUCAUCUCAUUGCUACCCUUCUAAACAUACUACACUCAGAGCUCAACAUUUUUCAACCAAUUGGGUUGAUUAUGUCUCUCUUUGUGUUGCAUAUUCUAGAGAAUCUGAAUUGUACUUCAGUUUUUUCUUGCUUUGUCUCCAUCUACAUGACUGCAGGCUUCUCUGGUGAUGCAGGUGAAGCUACUUUCUCCAGUUCUUCCACAACUCUCAAUUGUCAGUAGCUCUCCAAAAUCUCAGACAACCUUUACCAAUAGUCUGGUUAUGUGAGAUCCUUUUUUAAAAACUCACCAACAGUGGAGGUAACAAGGGUUGAAUCCAGAACCUUCCUUAGGCAAAAUGUGUGCUCUGCCACUGCACUGAGGUUUCUCUUCAUAGUUGGCUUGGUGGGAAAUGUGAGGAAGAAUGGACUUCAAUCAAGGCACCAAUUUCAUACUCAUUGGGGACAAGGUCAUCAGUAGCUACUACUGAUGAUGAUGAUAUUGUCUUGAAUAUCAGAAGUAGCAUGCCUUUGUUUACCAGCUGUUGUGGAAUAUGAGGUGGAGAAGUUUCUAAGUUCUGGACUUCUAAUAAGCUUAAGCGGCUGAGGGGGAAAGGGAAGCGGCCUGAUGCUGUUAGGAAUUGUGGGAGUUGAAGUCCAAAACACCUGGAGGGCCAAAGUUUGCCCAUGCCUGGAUUAAAAGGAGCAAUGAAGCACUUAAUCCACAUCACUCUUUUCAGCGAUGUUGGCAGGGUAUUCCAUGGAGCAGUGAAUCUGUUAUAGGUUUCAGCCUAUAUUUUAAAGGAGCCAUCCAAGGUAGAAGUAAACCCAAUGUCCCAAACACAUUCAGCACUGUGGAUAGCUUCUUUAUAAUUCAGAUUAAACCCCAGAGUUGAUGCAUCUAUACUGUAGAAUGAAUGUGGUUCGACACAAGUUUUACUGCCAUGGACUCAAUGCUAUAGAAUCCUAGGAGUUGUAGUUUGGUGAGGUGCUAGCACUAUUUAUCAAGGAAGGCUAUAGACUUUGUAAAAUUACAGCUCCCGUGAUUUCACAGUAUUGAACCAGGCAGUUAAAGUGGUGGCAGACGGCAUUCAUUCUACAGGAUAGAUGCCAGAUUUAGGACAAAUGAGGCCCUGUGCUAGUUAAGUUAUGAGGCUCCUUACUUGUGCCCUAAAGGAGGUAAGCCUGGUAGGCCUAAACUCCCUGCUUUGUAGUAUACACCCUUAGAUUAUCAACUCUAUCAUUAUGUUUGGAAUCAGUCCAAAAUAGACCAACUUCAAAUUUAGAAUUGCACCACAUAAACAAAAUCCAUCGUAAAAAAAACUUUGGCAGGAAGAUGGGCCCUCCUGGUCAAUGGGGCCCUGUGCUUCAGCAUGCCACAAUGGUAAAUCCAGCACUUCAAUCAUCACCAUUCAGCAUUGGAUCCUGGAAAGCAGUAGUGAACUAGUCCAGCUCUUUGCUGCUGUGACAGUGGUUUAGCAGAAAGCCUUUCAGAACCUGUCAGUCCCAGAUGCCUGGCUUUUCAGCUGGGCUGUACCAGCAGAUAUGAGGUGAAGAGAAAAACAACUCAUACAAGAACUCCUGGGCUCUGACUACCCUGCAGUCCUAAAGAUGUGAAGAAUUAUUGCAGAAUUGCUCAUUCUUCAGACAACCUGUCAAAAAGUCAGUGACCCCUGCCAGAUUUCUCGGUCCAACCCAAGAACGAAGCAAGCAACACUUUCCUUUUGUUGAGCUUUUCCCAACGUGUGCAAAAUGAAACACAUAUAGCAAGCCCAGAAGGCACAGGCUGAUGGAUAAAAAAAACAUGGCCUGCCCGUCUGAUGAUUAUAGUUUUUAAAAGUUCAGACGAGGCAUCUGCUCGUAUUUGCAGUCCUGCGCAAAUGCUCUCAACACAUACAAAAACUUUCUUCAAUAAUUAGCAAAGAAAAAACAUUUUUGUUGGUUUCUCAUGCCUGAGAAAGGUGGGGAUGUAGUCCCUUACUGAGUUGAAUAACACUAUUCUGUAGUUCACACUUUUACCCACUAGAUAUAUCAGUUCUAUGCCUGCUCAAUACUCCAUAUCAGUUUGUGGCUGUUAUAGUUCAGAAGCCUCCAAAGGAAGUAGGAUAUAUUGGGGUGGGAGUACAAAAUUGAAUUCCCUCACCAAAAAAAAUGGUUCCCUCCUUCAGUUCCCUAUUUUCUAUCAUACAAUAAAUUAAAACUUCAUUUGACCAUUAAGAAGUAGAAUGUAGGCAUCCAAAAAAAUGGAUAGGAAACCUAUUCAAGAUAAUGCAAACACAGGAAAUAUAAGGACCUUAAUACAUGAAGCGAGUGGAUUGCUAUUAUAGCAGGAUACUAGCGGGACUUAUCACAUGGUACACAUCCUUCCUCUUCUGUUGUUUUUCUUGGUGGGUGGUGUUUCUUUUACAAAAGGACGUCAUCAGCAAAAGAGGAGCAACAUCAUGUGAUGAAUCCCAGGCAAAGAUGCUUCUAUCAUGCUGUAAUUGAAUUCUGACUGCCUCAUAUGAUAAGCUCUUAACAUUCUAGGUAUGAACAGUUGUCAGUGUGUCACUUUUCUGCAUGCUAGAGAUUUGGACCAUGCUUUUAUUCCCUCUAUUUCCUGCAACAUCAUUGUUACUUGAAAAAAAUCUAGAUGCUAAGGGCCACUGGCCUGUCAUUCCAAACAAGAGCAUGGAGGUAAUAAAUCAGUGGUUCCCAACUACCGUGGUCUGUGAACUACCAGUGAUCUGAAAGAACUAAAAUACGGUCCACGACCUCACUGUUACUACAUCGUAGCAACAAGGGUGACUCGUCUCACGAAACCCUCUUACAGUGCCAAGGCAAUGGGAAUGUCGGGAGGGGAGAGGUUGACUACCCACCAAAGGUGCAACAAGCCUCCUGACUGCUGCUUCUCCUCCUCCUCCCUCUCCCUGAGCAGAACCAUUCUAUGUGGUGCCUGGAAGUGAGGAGCGGCUUGGUGUCUUUGUUUUUAGGCCUGUUCCUGGAGUUAUUUGUGGUUCUGAUUCAGAACGUUGCAUCAGAUAGACCACAUCAGCUCUAGAUUAUUAAAUAUGUUUUUUUGUGGAUGAACAGAUGGCGACUAUUAGAUGGCAUAUGUUCUGUAUCAGAACUAAUGUGGUCAAUACAAUGCAAUUUUCUGAACCAGCACCCCAAAUAACCAAACCGAAUCUAAAUUUGACCAAAAACUGAUUCGUAAACCUUUUGGUACUAAUGCUGGAGAGUGGUCCCGGGUCAAGCGAUCCCUGGUAAAAAAAAAAAAAAACGGUUGGAAAGCACUGCUAUAUAUAAUGAGUUACUUUUUAAGCAACAAGAAUGUGAAAACAUACAUUUCAUUCAAAGUUAUGAGUGGGAAUUAAGUUACUUUAUUUGUGCAGCAACUAAAAUUUCCAGUUAGGUUUUAAAGGCAUUUAAAGUGUUUUGACAGGAAUUUUUCAAAUGUCACUCUCUUAUCAAUGUUCUGGGUUUUUCUCUAUAGAAAGAAAGUCGGUAUAGUGGACUUUUGGUAUCCACAGGGGGUUAAUUCCUUUCCAUUAAAACAAAUAGAGCUAUGCUGUAAGUGGUACUCUUCAUUCUUUGCUGGGUCAACAAAGCAAUUUGUUUUCCUUUAAAUCAUCUGAACUUUGGGGGAGAGCUCAGAAAUGGGUGGAAUGCUGGCUCCAAAAUUGGAAAAGUGAAAGCAAAGCCUUUGCCCACAGAUAAGUAAAAACACAGCCAUGUGCCUGCUAUAAAGCCACAGACGAUUUUGGGGAAUGGAUUCAGCUACCCCAUUGCUGUCUCUGUAAUAGCUUGGCACAUUAACGUAGACUGCCUUUCAAUUAGGUUUCACUCAUACUUCCCGGAUCUCUUUUUGCCCAGACUAAUAUCGGAGAAAUAAUAAACAGCCUCCAAGGACAGGUCUAUGGCUGAGGAGGGAGUUUUCUUGAUGAAGCCUGCAAUAAGCGGUUAUCACUUAUCUGUAAUUCCAUGUACCUAGUACAUCCUCUGGAGCGGAGGUCAAAGUGACCUCUGGGAAGAACUGGCCUCAUCUAUGAAACAAAGAUACCCACAGAACACAGCAAAAGUUUGCGGUGGAGAAAACUAUUUAGAGAAUACAUUCACAGCAUUGGACUUGCCCACCUGCGUCAUAGAGUUGAGACUGCACUUGAUGUGGAAAGUCUUAUGUUUCAUUUGAAAGCAGGACAUUUUCAGGGUCAGCUUUUUCAAAUACCCAUGGUUAGAGGUUACAUUGCACUACAGCUUCUUUGGUCUUCCUGUUUACUUUCUCUCCAGCUCCUUCUGUUUCUUUCCACCUCUGUUUUUCUUCUCCCUUUAAAUCAGAGUUGGGUAACACUAUCAGUCAUAAGAGCAAACUUUCACCCAUGUUUUACGUCAAGGUAGACCCACACCUUGAAGCAUUCCUUUUGAAAGAUAACACUUUGUAACACGAAUUUUGUUCCUGGGUUAUAAAUGUCAUUUCCUAAUUGGUUUUAUCAUUAAAACAUGAGGAAUGUUAAUUAGACUACAAUUUUGUAGUUAAUUAGACUACAAAAACUUUGUUUUUGUGGGACAUCCUGCAGCACAUUUUGCCUUUCAAUUAAUAUCUCCUUGAGUCUCAACCAAUUCAACAUACAGUAGUGUCUAACUUAUCCAACAUUUGCUUAUCCAACAUUCUGGGUUAUCCAACGCAGUCUGCCUCCCACCCAGAUCCACAGCUCUUUCUCUAGGCAGCAAGGACUGAAUAUUUUGCAAAUUUAAUUUUCGACAGUGUUGUUACUCUAAGUCCAUUUCAUGCAAUUCUAUCUUUACUUGUAGUCAAUUUGUUCAUAGUCAAUGUUUUUGUAGUCAAUGUUUUCAAUAUAUUGCAAUGUUUUGGUGUUAAAUUCAUAAAUACAGUAAUUACUACAUAACAUUACUGUAUAUUGAACUGCUUUUUCUGUUGAUUUGUUGUAAAAUAUGAUGUUUUGGUGCUUAAUAUGUAAAAUAAUAACGUAAUUUGACAUUUAAUAGGCUUUUCCAUAAUCCCUACUUAUUAUCCAACACUUUUGCUUAUCCAAUGUUCUGCUGGCCCGUUUAUGUUGGAUAAGUGAGACUCUACUGUAGUUUGUGGCAGCCACAAAAAUGAAGUUUCUGGAGUAUUACAACAACUUUCAAAGUAAGUACUGCACAAUUAAACAGAAAAUAACACUUUCAAACCAGGAACAGAAUUUUUUUCAAGUUUUAUUACAUAGUGCAAUUCAAUAACAUUAAACUUUAAGAACCGGGGAACUGAUUCCUUGUCACUAGCAGGAAUAAUUAAAAUAAUGUGAUCUUGACCAGCUA